UUUCGGAAUUCGUAUAUGGUGUUUGGAGAAAGUUGCAGGACAAAUCGGGCAACAUCGGACGCGCCAUAUUGUACGAUAUCCUUCGAGUACCGAGCGUAUUUGGAACAACUGUUGAAUAAAACUAUGCCGGUCAGGGUGGAUAUUGUGCCGCCUCCACCGGCAAAUUCCAAACAACCGGGCAUUACGAAGUCCCUGCUCUACAACGGGUCCAAGUUCCAGGGCUUCCAGAAGUCGAAAGGCAACUCCUACGAGGUCGAAGUCAUUUUACAGCAUGUUGAUGAAGAGAACUCGUAUUUAUGUGGCUAUUUACAAAUAAAUGGCUUGACAGAUGAGUAUCCAAAACUGACUACUUUCUUCGAUGCUGAAAUCAUCAGUCAGAAGUAUCCAUUUUUGACCAGAAAAUGGGAUGCCGAUGAAGAUGUGGACAAAAAGCAUUGGAGUAAAUUUCCAUUAUUCAGCCAAUACGCAAAGACUUUCAAUUCAGACACGUUUGAUUACAAGGCUCUGGCAGACACAGAUUAUGUGUUUAUGAGAUGGAAAGAGCAUUUCCUUGUUCCUGAUCACACAAUCAAGGACAUAAGCGGGGCGUCAUUCGCCGGUUUCUAUUAUAUUUGCUUCCAGAAGUCCAAAGCUACAAUCGAGGGAUUUUAUUACCACAGGAGUUCUGAAUGGUACCAAUCCCUAAACCUGACUCACGUGCCUGAGAACAGUAUACAGAUUUACGAAUUUAGGUGAAGGGUCACCUAAAAAGCAUCGCCAAGUAUUAAGUUCAAAAGUAAUGUAGUGGCUUUCUAACACCAAUGUUGGCACUCAACGAUAAAUCUGACUUAUUAAUAAAAAAAAGGAACAAUUGGGGAACAAUCUGGUCACUGAUAGUCUUUAGGAAAACAUAUCUUUAAGUUUGGCUGACGGAUUUAAUUGAGUGACAACAAUGCAAUCGUUUUUUAACCGAUACGUAGUGCGCUUUCAACAGAUGUUUUUAUGUAAAAUCUUUUUUGGAAAACAGUAUUUUGUAGUAACAGAUGACUAAUAUUUAUUAGUUAUUGUAAAUCAUUUUAUUUUUCUUGAUGUCAACUUAUCUCAUCAAUAAAAUUAGUCAUCUGUACUGUAGUUUUUCUAUGUGUAUAUUUGGUAGAUCGUAAUUUAUUAAAUUGUACAUAAGUCAUAGAAACAUCUUUUUCGAUAAUUAUAUGUAGCAAUGCCCUUGAACUGACAGUUUUGGGAUUUUUUAGAUUCUACGACAUUUUUUGUUUAUUUUGUAUUUAUUCCGCAAGUCCGGAUUGAUUGCGAAGUAUUUGUUAUGUAUAUUUUGUAUAAACGUAUUAAAUAUAUUUUUUUGAAUUGUUUUAA